AUGCAUAGAUCGGGUCCGUUCUUUCAAUUGAGUCCAGCUGAAUAUGAAAAGGCAUUACAAAAAUAUCCUGAAUUAGAUGAUGAGCAAGAUAUUGAUUAUACAGAACGUUCUGCUAGUGGAUCUAUACAUGUUGGUUCUGGUGGUUUUUUUGAUAAUUCGUCUAUAUUAGCACAAUUCGAACGAUUAUUUAAAUUAUUGGUGUUCAAAGAAUGCUUUAGUGGUCAUAAUAUUGAAAUUAUUGUAGAUAAUGCUCGUACACAUUCAGCUCGUGCUUAUAUUUUAUUCGAUUUUGGAAAGGGUAUUUCAACACGUUGUCCUGUUGAUAAUUUGGAAUGGGUGGAUAAAAAAGGUGUUAGGCAAUCGUUACCAUGUUAUUUUCAACAUGGUCCCAACGGAGAAAAAUCUAAAGGUUUAUUUCAAAUUGCUGUAGAACUUAAGUGUAAUCCAUCACCUAAAGCAAAACUCAAUGAACUCCGUCGUUUACUUGCUCAUCAUCCAGCUUUUCAAAACGUAUUAUUUUUUGAAGUGAUCUAA